GUAACGACAAGUCAUCAUUCGAACGAUUCCUCAGUUUGUGAUAUCACCAAUUUCCAAAAUUUUGAAAAUGGUUUCCACUCCCAUUCUUUUCGCCCUUCUUUUCGUCGUGCUUCCAGCUGUUCUUUGCGAGCAUGGAUAUUCACACCAGAACAUUCACGGUCCACAUGGAGGUCAUGGAGGUGGUUAUGCGGGGGGUGGUGGUGGUGGGCACGGUGGGCAUGAUCACUAUCACAGCCCAAAGUAUAGCUACAGUUAUGGCGUUAAUGACCAUAAGACUGGAGAUGUCAAGCAUCAAACCGAGUCUCGAGAUGGAGGCGUUGUCAAAGGAGAGUACUCAUUAGUCGAGCCGGGCGGCAGUAAAAGAACCGUUACUUAUGUUGCUGAUCACACCGGAUUCCACGCCAAGGUUCACCGAACUCCAUCUCAUCAUGGAGGAGGUGGUCAUGACGGUGGACAUGGAGGUGGACAUGCCGGUGGUGGUGGUCAUGGAGGUUACGGUCACGCCGCCGGCGGCCAUGGCGGCUAUGGACAUGGCGGAUAUUAAAUAGAAAGCAGUAUUUUGAUGCAUAUUCUUGCUAUUUCUUACACAACUUGUACUGUCGUUAUCUGUUACUCGUGCUUGGGAAUUGGUGUCGUUGGUGCCAUGCCAAAACUGAACUUAAUGAUUUUCUUCUAGUCUCAAUUAUUCUUCUGUUUUUACUGUACUUCUUUUGUGCAAUUUUCACUUUCAAGUUUCUCACUAACCUACCUUUCCUACUAAUUAACUCAACUUCUUUCCGUCUACUUUCUAUGUAUCUCCUGCUUCCUUGAUAAUGGGACUGAACUGUGUCAAAAAUUGUAUAUUUUUUAUUUACCAAAAUAAAAUUCGAAUUAAAAACUAA